AUGUCAGUGGAUCCAAUCACCUGUCAUAUCUUGGACACAACUCUCGGUAAGCCGGCACAAAACGUCACAUGCUCCAUAUUCUAUCUCUCCCCGCUUAUCACGAACAAAAAUGACGAGGCCGCCUAUGACUUAGACCCUGCGGUCCAGCCAUUUGCUAUGAGUCGCACAGACAAUGACGGCAGGAUAAAAAAGUGGGUGGUCAAUCCUGGGAAUGGAGACGGCGUCAAUUCGAAAGUGGGGGUUGAAAAUGACGAAUGGUCUGUGUUGAAGCCUGGAGUCUACAAAAUCAAGUUUCUCACUGGAAAGUACUUUCACGAUAUAGACGCGUCUAGUCGUACAUUCUUUCCAUUCGUCGAUAUCACCUUUCAGAUCGACAGUCCCCCAGAUCACCACUACCACGUUCCGUUAUUAUUGAGCAAUCACAGCUAUUCAACCUACCGUGGGAGUUAG